GACGAUUUAAUUGGGACAAAGGGAGUAGGUUUUUUUUCUCUAGGACAUCAUCCGGAUCUACUUUCAAGGCUUCCUCCUCCAGCCGCCAUCUUCUUCCUCCAACGCCGACGGUCUCCGCCUCCAGCCUCAUAAGACACAUCACGGAUCGCAGUCAUCACCGCCUCAACCUCGCCGAGUUGUCGUGAUCAGAUUUACUGCCAUGCUCGGACCAGUUUAUCCACCUCCCUCGCUGGGCUUUUCACCGGAGCGACAACACCAGACACUUUAUGCUUUGGAUCUGUUGGCUAUUUUCAAGGAGAUCUGUGGGAAGAAAGUACUAGUAUGGAGUCUCAUAGAAUAUUCUCGAUACUCAAUGAAGAAACCUGCAUGGGCAACUCUACUGGUCUCAGAGAUGGAAUUUGAAACAUGAGACCCAAGAUCGAGCCUCACCAACAAAAGUGUUGGAGCAACCUCUCAAAAAAAUGAGGAGAGCUCCUUGUGCACAAUGAGCACUGGUUCCAGUCUCUUUUCCCGGUAAAAUCACUAUGAUUUAUAUCCUCUCACAAUCCCGUCCCGUUGAGUAGGGGUGAGGGAUGCCCGGAGUGAGCAAUUUCACCUUUUGGAACAUGAUACUCAAUUAAGAGGAAGGGUAAAUUCGUAAAGUCAAAGAAAAUUUCAACCUUUCU